AUGGCACGUCGGGUGGUGUACUUACUGGCAUGCGCUUUAGCUCUUCUGGCUUCAACACUUACUUCUGCUGCAAUUGUUGAGCAUUCAUUCCAUGUGCAAAAUCUGACUAUCCAGCGGCUGUGCCAAAAGCGAGUGAUCACUGCUGUAAAUGGAAGCCUUCCAGGACCGAGGAUACGCGUUCGAGAGGGCGACACCCUUGUUGUUCAUGUCUACAACUUGUCACCAUAUAACCUUACUAUUCACUGGCAUGGGAUUUUCCAGCUACUAAGUGGCUGGGCCGAUGGACCGCAAUAUGCGACUCAAUGUCCGAUCCUGCCCGGACAUAGCUAUACCUACAGGUUCACCAUCACCGGACAGGAAGGGACUCUCUGGUGGCAUGCACACGUACAAUGGCUUAGAGCAACAGUUUAUGGGGCACUCAUUAUCCGGCCAAGAGUUGGCCGUUCUUAUCCAUUCCCAAAACCCUACAGGGAGGUCCCAAUUGUUCUAGGUACAAAAGUCCUGUAA